AGACGUGCUCCAGCGUCAUUUGUAUCCACAUGUAGAGCGCAACAUUGAAACGAUUACAUAUUGUUACUAGCGACCACAACAGAAUUCGCUCAUCAUGGAAACGGAUACGUCUCUCCUCAGUGUUGAAAUAGAGGAGAAAAAGCAGGAGGAACUUUAUCAGCAACUUUUGCUUCAGACUGUGCGGAAAGUGCAAGGCGACACUCCAUCUGGCAAAGUCAUUCGCCCUCAGCCAGGCAUGUGUGUAAAGACAUUGUCGAUGUCAGACCAAAAGAAGGUCUUUCUGAAUAUCUGUCAGUCAGAGACUGUACCACCCCCUCCUCAUCUGUCCCAGGAAGCACUGGUGACCCUACUGGAAUCUGAGGAUCCCACAAGUUACAGGGUGCCCAUGAGCCUCGGCGAACCCCAUGCGGAAGCAGACAACAGCUCACAAGGCUGCACAGUGUAUGAUGUUGUGAUCAAUAAUGAGUUUUUCCAGAAAUGUCAGAAAGACACCCUGUUCCAGCAGUUUUUGAUCGCAGUUUCUUUGGAGGGACUGGAGAAUAAAUAUGGCCUUGAGUUAAGCAGAGAUAUAAAGAUUUUGAAGAACAGAAAGUUCAUGGGCUCUCUCGCAGAGCAAAACAUCCGCACCAAGAACAAGCCAGUUAUUCAAGAAAUUGACUCGAAAUCAUUCUUGUUGUAUUUAAACAGGGAAUCUCGGUCCUUGAAUUCAGCCAAACUCCCAGAGUUUUGUUUGUUGAUUGAGCCCCCAACUGGUAAUGCAGAGUAUCUGAUUGCUGAGAUUCAGCUGCCUGGGGUGAUGUCUGUUCGUUCUAUUGUUCUGGACUUGGGAGAGGACAGGCUAUUACUGAUUGCCCGACCUUCCCUUUUCCACUUGGAUAUUUUCUUUCCCCUGCUUAUAGACCAAGAAAACAGUGUUGCAGAGUAUAACACAAACACACAGAUGCUCACAGUGACCAUGCCAGUAGUGUCUUCAUAAAAAAUUAUUGCAAGACUAAUAACUCACAAUAAAAUGUAAUAUUUUGUACAUAAGCACUGCGGAUGAUGCGGGUGUAAUAUUCAUUCAUGUCACUUCUGUUUUAACCAUAAAUCAGUGUAAGUUAAAUUGAAAAAUCGUUUUUUCAUGUGAUUAGUUAUUUAAUAAGUAAUAAAAUUCAAAGCUGAGGAA